AUGGUGACGUGCGCGUUAGAUGGUGUUAUUACCUUCGGUUUGGCACUGUUGCUAGCGUCUGCGGUUGGUGGGAACCCGCUCGAACCGGACUGCCCGCUGGCGCGUUCUGCAGCAGCUACCACACCCGGAUGGCAACCCCGAACUCCGGAGCAAACGCUGUACGCGUACGUGCGUUGCCUCAACGAUUCGUCCGCCAGCAUUGAGAUGAAAAUCCGCUGGGUCAUGUGGCAGCCGGACCAAUCGCCCGAGAGCCAAUGCUACGUCAAGUGCGUCAGCGAGGAUCUGCGGCUGUAUGACCCUGCCCGGCGCCAAUUCGUGCCGGAACGGUUCGAGCAGCAGGCGCGUGCAUUCCACGAGGAUCCAAGCUCGGCCGACCUCCAGCAACUCUACGACGACGCAAACCGGUUGCUAGCGGGCGAACUGCCCGACAGUGAAUGUUCAACCGUUUUCGCGAAGUACGCACCAUUCUACGCCGUACAUCAGGAGCACAUACUGGACAUCUUCCACGGUGACUUACGCAAGAUCCUGAUCACGUACAAACAGCUGGGACCGCGCGUCAAACAGAUCGGACAGCCCUUUAUGGACUACUGCGAGAAGCGGUACGGUUUUGUGUGGUCGGAGGAGGAACAACGCCGCUGUCCCAAUCGAACUGCGGUAGACUGCAUACUGCACGGAUUCCGUUGGGUCACCGAGGAGGGUACGGUGAAUGUUGCGGAGAUUGUGCGAGAUUUCAGCGGGUUUGAGGUGGCGGCCAGCGAACUCGAACGGUGUCAAGUGGCAGAUGAGCUGUACUGGUGUCUACGCGCUAUCAGUGCAGACAAACUAUCGGCAGUGAUACGGCAGCGUAAUGCACAGACCGCGUACUAUUUCGAUCAGUCGUCCGAGGAUGAACCGUGGAAGUCGGCCGUGGAGUUUGGUAGUUCGCGUCUGAAUCGAGCUUCUUGA